CACAGAGAGAGUGAUCCACCUACCCCGCAGUACUUCUGACCACUGCAGCACUCCCAGUGGUCAAAACCUGUCCAGCCUGUAGGACCUAUUGGACUGGACACUCCUCUGAAGACCGAUCAGGUGUUACAGCGAUACAGGAUGUGUACAGGGAGGUUGAAUCAGCUGACUGUAUCCCCCACCUGUUGACACCUGUAAUUCUAUAUCACAGUCUCCAUGGUCAAUGCCAUCACUAAAUCACUAUCACUGGACCAGAUUAUUCCACUUUGAAGACGGUAAUUCAUACUUUCCAGCGAAAUAUUUUUUGUGUGUGUUCCGCAGAAUUGAAGGUGACCGGGUAAUGACAAUGCUGGGUGCAUAUGGAUAGGAAGUUAAAUAUAAAUAUUCAUUGGAGGACAAUUAGCUGACAGGUAAGGUAAUAGGAAUACCUGUACUGCUAUAGAUUGGAUAAAGUUACCUUUAAUGAGGCCCUGUAUAUACAAGAGAGACACUUCAUCUAGAACAUAGCCUGGUGACCAGUGUAAGAUUCAGGCCACAUAUCGACAGAUUAUCCUCUUUAACCUGGACCAUUGUCCAGAGCCAGGGAUGUUGGUUCACCUUACAGUGUCUAAUGGUCCUAAGCCCCCAGAUGGAACGAGAGUUUUCUUCGUGACAGCCGAUCAACCGGAAUGUUCCACAAACUGAUCUCUGAGUGUGUAUUUACUCUGUAACCUGUGUCGGUCAGUUUGUAUCACACAACCUAAUCUCCUCUUUGGGAACUUGAGAUGUUAAAGCGGUGUGGGAGAUCUUUUUGUGGACAAAGUUACUCCGAUGUUCCAGUUAUCUUGUCAUCUUACAGGAAGGGGAAAGUGGAAGGUCAUGGCAAUGAAUAACUAUAUGAUCAGACAAACUUUGUUUUAAAGUGAAGAAUUUGUUUAAAGUUGAUUUGACGGUCAGGAAACCACACAUUCAUGUUGUUUUGAGUUUGGAACUGAAGGAAGUGUUUACUCACUGUUAGGUAGGUUGUCUGGUUAGAGGCUGUGUUGACUUGUAUGUUGAUAGUCUGCCCAAUUUGAGAGACGUUUCGAAUUUAAUGAGUGGUAUAUGUUACACACACAUGGAAGUGGAAGGGUUUCGGAACGGCAUCUGCAGCAUCUGAUCGCCUCAGAGAUAAACAGCCCUAUUGGAAAUGAAAGUUUAAAACAUCUUGAGAGUUUUGCGUUUUCGAAUGUUUCAGAUAUCAGUUUGUUCUGGAUGUAUUCUUGGUGAAUUGAUUUUAAUGUCACGAUUGAUGUGAAGUGAAAGUUUAAAUCCGUCUGGAGUACUGCUUCAUCCCUGGAAAAGUUAUCUUUUAUUCAAUGGAAGUUUAUUUAUGAAAAUGUGAAAUGUGAUCACUUGAGGGUUUUUUUCGUAAUCACAAGCAAAAUUUUAUCUUUAUUCUGCAUAGGCCAGUGAUAUCAAAGCCUACAAGUGAAAUGGUAUUGAAAACCCGUUUGAUAAAAAGGAGUUUUAUAAACUAUGAGGUUGUAUGAUAGUGUAUUUAUAAUGAGAUCUGGGAUGGUACAUAUGUGGUGACCGAAGACAACACAGUUUUAAGAGAUAGCCGCUGGGAAUACUUGGAAUAAUUAAUGCGUUCCACAUUCGUACACAUAUUGUUUUAUAAAUUUGAAAUGAAUUCCAUCUAAAGAGAAUCAGGGAAUGCCUUCAGUGAAGUGAAUCUGACCAUGGCAACAACUCUCACUCGUAAAUUUAGCCCGAGGCAGAAGACAAAUCCAGCAAAUUUGAAUCACACCAAGCGAUUACGACGGGCACGGUCAGAAACUGAGGUCCAGUCUGAGAAAGCAUGGCUGGAAGCAGAGAAGAUAUGGCUUGUCCACAAGGGAGGUUUCGCCUCAGCCUGUGUUCUACGUGCCAAUGGCAUGUCCACCCUCCCAGAGGGGCGUGCUCGUAUCAAGCUGGACCAUGGGGGUGACAUCCUUGAAGUAGAUGAGGAUGAUGUUGAAAAGGCAAACCCUCCACAAUUUGACCGAGCAGAAGACCUAGCAUCCUUACGUUACCUGAAUGAGUCCAGUGCCCUGCACAGUUUCCGUCAGAGGUAUGGAGGAAACCUCAUUCACACGUACGCUGGACAGUGUAUGAUUGUGGUGAAUCCCAUGCAUCCUAUGGCCAUCUACUCUGAGAAGGUAAUACAGGUAUUCCGUGGAUGUAAACAGGAAGACAUGCCUCCCCACAUCUAUGCCACUGGACAAAUUGCUUACCGUGAGAUGCUCAACUCUCGUAACGACCAGUCGAUUGUGUUCAUGGGGCGCAGUGGUAGUGGAAAAACUACUAAUGGCCGACAUGUCCUUCACUACCUAGUGGCCUCGGCCGGGAGUGUCAAUAACAUCCUGACAGUGGAUAAGUUACAUGCUGUGUCAACCCUGCUGGAAGCCUUUGGUAACAGUCGAACUAUACUUAAUACAAAUGCCAGUCGGUAUGCCCAACUGACCACACUAGACUUUGACCAUUCCGGACAGAUCACAUCAGGCUCUGUACAGAUAUUUUUGUUUGAGAAGACACGGGUGGUGCGUCGCCCUGAGGGGGAGCCCAGUUUCCAUGUAUUCUAUCAGAUGUUGGCAGGGAUCGACUCAACACUGAGAAAUGACCUACAGUUGAACUCGCUGAAUGAACCAAACCUAUUCAUGACGCCGUUACAAAGGUCAGAGGAUCGACAGCGAGCCUCAAGUGCGUGGGCCAAAAUCUACAAUGCGAUGGACCUAGUGGGCAUCAGUGAUGAGGAGAGGAAAGCUUUGUGUUUUGUACUAGCAGCUAUAUACCACCUGGGUGUGGCCGGGGCUGUUCGGGGCCAGAACAACAAACCCCAGUUUGCUCGACCGGCAGCUGCCCAGAAGGCUGCUGCAUUGCUAGGGUUACCCGUAGAGGAGCUCUCUAGACAAAUCUUUGCAAGUGCUGGAUCAGGGACACUAACACGCAACUCCUCUGUCAGAAACAGCCCAGCUGACAAAGGGGCCAGCGAGGCUCACCAGAGUGCCAUGGAUGCUCUUGAAGGCUUUGUCAUUGGUCUCUACUCCGACGUGUUCAAUGCACUAGUAUCUCUUAUUAACAGAUCUCUGUCAUCUACGUACCGGACAACGGCAUCCAUAACCUUGGUGGAUACACCUGGGUUUCAAAAUCCUACCACCUGUGGACGUCAAUCAGGCGCGACUUUCGAGGAUCUCUGUCAUAACUACACUCAAGAACGUCUUCAGCUGCUAUUCCAUGAUCUCACAUUUACCAUACAGCAAGAUAGGUAUAGCCAGGAAAACAUUGACUGUGAUUUUGAGUUUGUGACGACCAGUCCUGCAGCCAUGGUGUCUCUGAUAGACAGACAGGCCCAACAGUUACUGCCUCACGGGCGUCCCAGUGCCACUAAGCACCAUAGUGGCUCAGCCCACCACCACCACAGUGGCACAUCCCAUCACAGUGGUGGCCAUCACGGUGGCACAACCACUGUCGGUGACAUCAGUAAAGCUGAGCACGCCCACUCAGUCGCAGACGAGCGAACCUCCUCUCAAGAUCUCAAAGAUGCUGAUAAAAAAGGGUUGCUAUGGAUACUAGAUGAAGAAGCUAUCUUCCCUGGAGCGACAGAAGAUUCUUUCAUGGACAGGUUCUUCAAAAACCAUGGCGAACAAAAAGUCAGAAGAGACAGCCUUCUGAGGAAAGCAUCAUCACUAGGGAACACCUUCAUUUUGAACCAUUUCCAGGGUACCAACCCAGUACAGUACAACGCCAGUGGCUGGCUCAAAGUUUGUCGGGAGAACCCACAGAUUAAAGUGGCAACCCAGGUCCUACAAGACUCCAAAAAACAAAGUAUAAACCAACUGUUUAACAAUGUGAAGGCCCCCGUGGCUGGCAUGGUGAGCGGAUCUAUUGUAGGAAUGGAAGGCACCACUUCCUUACGACGUGUUGGCAGCAUGAGGAGAACGUUCAUGUCUGGCACGGCCGGGAUUAAGAAACGCUCUCUUUGUCUCCAGGUCAAGUUCCAAGUGGACUCCAUCGUCGAGACAAUCAGAAAGACCAAAUGUCACUUUGUCCACAACAUCCUGCCACAGCACAACGCAGGCCUGUGGGAGCUGAAACCUCUCCCCUCACCCACUGAUAAACCUGGCACUCCAGACGAGAUUCUCAUGAAUGUACCACUGGUACGAAGUCAGAUCAGGGGCAGCGAAGUGCUUGACUCAGUCAGGAUAUACAGACAAGGAUUCCCGGACUCUAUGAGGAUGUCAGAAUUCCGUCACAGAUUUGAGGGUCUUCUCAACCCGACGAGUCGUCCAGCACCUGACAUGGAGGAGAAAUUGGCAGUGAAUACGAUUCUGGAUCACCUGGAAAUAGAGAAACUCAACUACAGAGUUGGACUUAGCCAGGUGUUCUUCCGAGCAGGUGCUCUCAACCAGUUAGAGGCUGCCCGGGAUGAGAAGAUAACCGGGACGGUGAUUGGGCUGCAGGCUUGUUGUCGUGGCUACCUCGGCAGGAAGUACUUAGAAAAGUUACGGGUAAAACACAUUGCCAUUAGCUGUAUCCAAAAGAAUAUACGGAAGUUGAUGCUGAUCCGUGAUUGGCCGUGGUGGAGGUUAUACACAAAGGUCAAGCCUCUAUUGGAUGUACAUAGGACGGAGGAAGAGCUCAAAUCAAGGGAGUAUGAACUGGAGCAAAUGAAGACUAAGUUGGAGAGGAUCGAGCGAGAGAGGAAUGAAUACAAACAGCAGAGUGAGAAACUGGAAAACAGGCUUGCUGAGGCGACAGCAGACCUAGCGGAGGAACAUUCAGCAUCCACACAAUCCUCAGAAAUGUUGGAGGCUGAGACAUCGGAGAGGAUGAGGCUGGAGAAAGACCUCAAAGAUCUACAGUCCAAGUACACAGUGUUGAAGCGGCACGGGGAAAAGAUUGAGAUGGAGCUCACCCAGGUCCACCUGUGGCAGGCUCAGUCGCUGGACGGGGAGAUGGAUGGGGAGGACAUGGAUGGUGAUGGUUCUAUCUACAAAGAGAGGUAUGAGAGAAUUGUCCGAGAACUCAAUUUCACCAAGAAACGCAUGAGUAAGGAGCAUGAGGACGAGAUGGAGCUGGAACACAAUGCUAGGAAAGCUCUGGAGAAGAGGGUCCAUGAGGCACUUGAGGAUGGGGAAGAUCUGAGAAGACAGCUCACUGCAGCUAAGAAGAAGUCCUCCAGACUGGCCACAGAGAUGCAGGACAUAAAGCUCCAUCUGGAGGAGCAGAUUACCAGAAACAAUGAACUGGAGCGGAAACAGCGCAGGUUUGACACAGAACUGAGUAAGGCUAGUGAUGAAGGGAAGGAUGAGCGGACCAGUCGGGAGAAGUUACAGCGCGAGAAGGAUCAAUUGACCACAGAACUGUACACCAAAGAUCAGGAUAUAGAGAGACUUCGACAUGAUCUGGAGUCACAGACACAAAAGGCAUCUCGCUUGGACCGUGAGCUGAUGGAUAUUAGCCUUACAAGUACCAAGGGCACAGACAAGGAGGUGAUGUCCCUAAAGAAAAGUAAACACGAGCUUGAGAUGAAGGUCAAGGACCAAGAGGAAGAGCUUGAUGACCAGGCUGGCCAGAUACAGCAACUAGAACAGACCAAGACAAGGCUUGAGAUGAAUCUGGAACGAUUACGUCAGACACACAUGAAGGAAUUGGAGGAGAAGGAGGAGGAAAUGCAAGAAAACAGAUACGCUACGCAGAAAAAGUUAAAACAUAUGGAGAACCAAAUGGAGGAAGAAUACGAGGACAAGAAACGACUACAAGCUGAAAAACGGGACAUUGAAAGACAGCUACAGGAGAUUAAUGCUAACAGAUCUCACCAUGACAAAGAUGGAGAGAAGCGUCUGAGACUUGAGCUAAGGAAAACCAAGGCCUUGCUCAGAGAUGCUGAAACUGUCCUUCAGAAGAUGAGAGGCUCGGAGGGAACUAAGGCCAUCAUCAAACAACUGAGGAACAGGCUUGAGGAUUCAGAGUUUUCUGCAGCGACAGCCAUCAAAGCCAAAAAGACAAUGGAACUAGAGAUACAGGAUCUACAACAACAACUAGACGAUCUGUUUAAAUCUAAAUCAGAGGGAGACAACAAAGCCAUGGUGUUAAUGCGUGAGAAGUCCGACUUACAGAGCCAACUAGAGGAAAACGAAGAAGACAUGAAUGAGAUAAUGAAAAAAUACAAAGCUGUGGUCCACCAACAAUCGGUAGACCAGGUAACAAUAUCUGACCAGCUUCAACAGAUCGAUGAACUGACGACAGACAAGGACAAGUUAAGGCAGGAGGUGACAGAACUCCAGAUGAAGGUCCAGACCCUUGAGGAGACGAGUGUGGAUAAGAACACAGUACAACGGUUGGAGAGUAAAAUACGUGACCUUGAAAAUAGACUCGACCUUGAACAGACCACUAAACACAGGAUUGAGGUUCAACUCAACCGAACUAAAGAGUCCCUGGAUAAAUCAAAUGAGGACAAGAGAGUUUCAUCUGCGACAAAACAACAGUUGGACGAAAAUCUGAAAAGAACCCAACGCCAGCUUCGUGACCAACGAGAGGAGUUUUCUGAUGCUCAGAAACGCGAAUUAGAGAGCACACAAAAAAGCAAGGAACUGGAGAAUAAGGUGACUGAGUUAGAAUCUGACUACGAACAAAACCAGUCUGACCUAAAGUUAGCCUUCAAGAGGAUAUCAGAUCUACAGGCUGCUUUGGAGGAGGACCUGGACAGUGGUGACAGUCUUCUGGGAUCUGAUGAGGACGAGGAUUCUGAUGCUGAUUCUGAUCUGGAUUCCAUGUAUUUAACCAAUCAUAGACCUCCUUCAUUAAUACGUCACCAUGGUAUCGGCAGUCCACGUUCCAGUUCUCAUUCCGCAGCCAGUAGUAUAGGCAGUCCCAGAUCACCUAGUGUUUCUGAAUCAUCAAGUCACGCGUGACAUUAACUAAGAAAUGUCCGAGGGCUAUGUGCAAACCUACCAGCUUCACCUCAGCUUGUGUGAAGUGGAAGAUGUUAAAGGUCAGCAUAGGUCAGAGGUCAAUCACCUCAAGGUCACCUGCUUGUGGAUUUAUUUCCUGACCUUGACAUGGAAAAAUGGCUACUUAACUGUGAUAUAGAGUUGGUGAUUGGGCAGGCAGAUCUUACCUGUCUCAAGUGGAAAGAUUCCUGCUCCAGCUCAUCUGACAGGAAAUUAUGUGUGAUACAGAAUCAGCUCCGUGAUUGGUUCUACCUGCCAGCGUCUUGACCAAUGAGUGAUGCAUGGAUUUGUUUUAGUUCCAGGACAGUAUUUAAAUACCGAAAUAGUGGACAAUUCUCUGGAUCAUUUCUGGACAGUGUUCACCUACCUGGAUACAUUUUGUUUAUGUGGCAGCAAAUUAGCUGGAUAUGGAGUUUAGCAGGACAGUUACUAUACCACACAUGAUAUGGAGAGAAACUCCAUUUCUGACUGUAUAACCGCAGCCACGUGGUCAAUGUCAUUCUUACAAAAUGUCUUAUUAACUGUGUGGUCUGUGAUCAGGUUCUACAAAAAACAUAUCUCUCGAACACUGCCAGACAUGACUUCAAUAUUAUCUACUGUAGGCAAUAUUAAAGAUAUGGGCAGGAUUAAAAAAAAACAGGAAGGAAGGAAAAAAUGAAAUACUUAACUUGAGUUCCAGGAUUCGUCCAUCUUAAUCUAUGUAUAGAGGUUUCACUUCAAACACUUGAAUAAUCAAUUUUACCAGUAAUUUAAACAUUAACUGAAUAUUUAAUAUUAAUGAGGGACUUCUACAUUGUGACUGUGUGCCUUCCUCACCACAGACACGUAUCUCCCUUAAGGCUAUAGCAGUGUAAUGCGAGAUUUGAUCGGGCUGACUUCCCACAAGUUUGAUUUUCCUGCAUAAAACAAAUGUGUUGACAGAAAAGAUAACUAGGGAGAUAUCGUAUCUACCAUCCAUUUCGCCAAAUAUGAUAAUUGUGUUAUUUUGAUCUCCGUUACAUUGUGAUGUGUAAUAAGAAUUUCUGGACUCCAAGAGUCUGUCUGUGACUGUUUAAUGUCGGAUAAAAUGCAACUGUUGCCAACAGGAACAGGUUUAUCCAUACUGCUGCCGACAGUCAUGUGAAAGUGCUAUAUGUAGAUUUAGGUUGUAGAUGAGUUGGGACCAAUCUGUUUCCUAAACUUCUCAUCUCUUGCAUGUGUUAGUUAGAUAGUUCUGUGUUUCACUUUCAACCAGUUUCAAGUUAAUUUAUAAAAGAAUGUUUCUAUAGAUUUACGCUCUAUAUAUCUGUGUUCAUUAAGAACACUAAUCCAAUUAAUCAAAUGUAGCUGAAAGUGAACUAAUUAUUUUUUUGUAGUUAUAUAUAAAAUAUUAUAAAGUUUGUGUGUUUGUUGACAUAAAUCUGUUGUAUGGUGUGUACUAGGUAUAAUGUAUUAAUAUGUACCAGUGUUUAGAUACUACCACUUACCUAUGACCUGUAUCAAAAUUUUCCUACUGCCAAUCUCAACACAAGCCUGAUAUCUACAUAACAAAGUAACAAUUUGAGUGAAGGCCUUUAAGUCUGAUUCUUAGGUCCGUGAAGUUUAUCAUUCCCUCAGCUCCAGAAGGUGUUUUGUUGAGCAUUGUUGAUACCAAAACCGGUCCAGGAAAAAAAAUCAGAUUUAAUGACUGUUUUUUUCUUGGUCAUUCAGAUGUUUGACGCUGUCCCCUUAAUAGAUGCUUGAUAAUAACAUCUUCAUCAAUGAAAUGUUUGUAUUGUUACUGUAAUUUCAUUGCGUCACAGAAUGACAAUAAAAUGGUACAAAAGAUAUAGUGAAUUAACCAGAUUUUCUAUAAAUAUUAUAAAAGAUAAUAUAUUUUUAGUAGAAAUUAAAAUAUUUUAUUCUGUUUAAUAAGUAAUCAUCAUCUAAUCACACAGCAUAUUGAUUUUAAUUGAAAUAUAUUGUUGUAAAAUAUGGCAAAGGAUUUUAUCCAAUUUGUUUCGAUAUUGCUGUUAUGUUCAUCUGUUAUUCAAUAUAAAAUUUAAUGUUAGAUUAUCAAGUUUUUAAUGUAUUCUAGCUUUACAAGGAUAGUAAUGUUGCUGAAUAAUGGUGGCUAUAUACAGAGAUUAUAUUGUCAAUAAUAUUCUAUUAUAUAUCAAUCUAUAUGAAUAAGGACAUACAUUUAUUCUUUACACCUCAGUUUAGUGUAAUUGUGGAUGAAAUGCAUAGGUUUAAACGAUGCUGCAGUUGUCUCCCUUACAUUGUUUAAGGGAUGAUUUUUCAAUUGCUAGCAUAUAAUAUGAAUAACCCUAAAAUAAUGUUUUAAUAAUUCAAAUUGCUCGUGCUUUUGAAUUCAAACAAAUAAUGUGUUAUAUUGAUAACAACAAUCCAGUUAGUAUUAUUAGAUGUAAAAGAUAUGAAUAUUGAUUCCAGUAAAAUCAGCCAAUCAAAAAACCACUAUCUUAUUAUUAUGUCAAAUAAAGAGACGUUUGAUUGGCUGGUAUUGUAGAAUGUGUACCUUUACCAUCACUGACACAAAGUGUUAGACACUACAGGGAUUAAUGUAUUGAUUCAUUUAUCAUCAUUCAUAUGUGUUCAAAUCAGACACGACUCUCACACAUUCUGUUUAAAUCUCAUCAUCUUUCAUCUAAUUAUCAGAUGUAAAUUGUUUUUUAAAGUUAAUUAUUUGAUAUGCAUUUAAAUAAAACAUAAAAUACUGAA